GAUUCUCAGAUCAAUCUCGAUAUCUAUCUAUCAAAUCAACCAUCACAAUGCCUCCCAAGAAAGCUUCCACUGCCGCUUCUGCUGCUUCCAAAAAGGCCGCUCCCAGCCAUGCCUCCUAUCGCGAUAUGAUCAAGGAUGCUAUUAUUAAUUUGAAAGAACGCAAUGGUAGCAGCCGUCAAUCUAUCAAGAAAUAUGUCCAGGCCAACAACAAGAUCACCGUCGUGUCACCAGCUGCCUUUGACUCUCAAUUCAACAAGGCCAUCAAGGCCGGUGUUGAGAAGGGAGAGUUCAGCCAACCAAAGGGACCCUCUGGCCCCGUGAAGCUCGCCAAGAAGGAGGCUGCUGCCAAACCCGUUCCUAAGAAGCCUGCCGCCAAACCUGCUGCUGCUGCUGCUGCCCCCAAAAAGGCCGCCGCCAAGAAAGCAACCAGCACCACACCUGCUAAGCCCGCAAAGAAGGCUACCACCACCAAGAAGACAGCCACCAAGCCCAAGGCAAACACUGCCAAACCUCGCAAGACCUCUACAGCUGCGCCUGCCAUCGUCGACGCACCAAAGGUCGAGACCAAGACCAAGUCCGGCCGCGUGACGAAAACAACCGCCAAGCCCGCAGCAAAGAAGGCUGCUCCUAAGAAGAAGGCCACAACCAAGAAGGCUGCAGCAUGAUUUCAGAAGAUGAAAUAUUUGUUCUUGUCAUGAUUAUGCUUUUCGUUUGUUUUAUUUCUUAUGUGAUGUGUCUUUCUUUUUUUUUUUCUCUUUUCCCUUGGCGGUUUGACGCGUCGUGACACGUGUUUCCAUUACCUCAAACCGAGAUAUCAAAAGGAUGAUCUUUCAUCCUGUCACCUUGUGUUUCUGUUGAUUAUCCUAUUACCUCGUUAUGUUUUUGAUUCGGUACUGGUCGGCGUCUGAUUAGCUUGGAGGGUGUUCUAUUCAUGUUUGUUUGUUCUAUUCUGCUCGAUUGAGAUUAUGGGGGUUACUAUUACCAGUUGUUAUAUCUAUUAUGUUUGUAUUGUUCUUGAGAUAUGGGAAUUGACGGUUUGAACUUCUUUAUGGAUUUUAUCUUGGAUUAUUUAGGCUUAAGUUUAGGCCGAGGUUGGAUGUCUUUUCGUUUACUAUCUGGUGUUGUCCUGGAUAGGGAAGGGAUAUUUACAGUCUUUUGUGGUAUGUUUACUAAUUGAUUGCUUGGUUUAAUUCUUUCGGUCUGUUUCUUGUGAGGGAAUCCGUCGUAAAUAUUGUAGGUUAAUUGUAGUUGUAGUGGACUCAACUCAGUGAUGGGUAUCUCGGGAUCCGUCGCGUCGCAGUGUUGUAGUCACCAGGCAUGGACCCAUGCUCUGUUCUUUUGGAUUGCUUCGCUACUUGACUACCUACCUCUGUAUG